CAAAUACGCUAAGCCAUCCACUUUCGAGGAGUAGGUAGACGGAGUUUAUGGUGUAUGGAGAGUUAAACAGGGAGAGGAAAUAGUGGUGUAGUGAAUCAUAUUGUGUUUUGUGUCCGCUGUUUGAACAAAGGCUCUGGACUGUCGUCACAUCCCAACGUUGUUGCUGUUGGUAGAAUUGAUAUUUCGUGAACUGCCCGUCGUUGAUGGCAAGAAUGGGGGUUGAAGAGGACAUUUCAUUGGAACGGGGGUGUUCAAAUCCAUGUGCAGAUAAUUUAAAUUGUUGUUUUUUGUAUUAUAAUCACACAUUGACCGAAUGAAACACAAAGGUGGGUGUGUAUUUAUGGAAGAAUAUAAGAUAACUGAAAGUGGUGCCUAGUUAUGGCACCUUAAAUACGCAGAACCUUACCUGAGUCCAAGUAACAACACUGCAUGACGAGGAAUACAGUAUGGAAGAAAUCAGCACAGAAAAUUAUCCACAAUCAUCUAAUCUUAUGUCCUUCAAUGCUGAACAGCUGGGCCAGCUUCCAGAUGGAGAUAAGACUGAUAAAGUUAGCAAUUCAGCCAGUCAGACAGAUGAUAGAUUCAGUUUCGAUGUUGACAGCGUCAACGCCGCAGCCGAAGAAGAGGAAGGAGAGCCAGUCAGUCCGAUAGAAAGUGACCCAAUGGAAGUGCCAAACAUUUUGAAACCAAGAGAGAGGAGGGUUUCAGAUGUGAUCGAUUCCAUUGGCGACUGUUUGCCAGAUAUAAAUGCCACUAAGAUGGUGUCAUCGCCAGACAGGGGUCCUGGCACCCAAGGGCCAAAUUCCCCAGCAUCAUCAGGAUAUGGCAGCAUUGAGAGUGGCACGCCAAAAUCAGUUGUGUCGCCUGACUUGGAUAUUAGUCUCUCCUCGCCCAUCAAGUUCUUGAAAGUGGAUGUUACAGAUGCAUUAUCAACUGCUACGGAUGCUUCGCCAAUGAACCAAGAUGAUGGCACAUCUUCUAGUGAACCUGCUGGUGCUGUUAUGCCAGUUGAGAAGUAUGCAGAAGAGUACAACAUGAAGCAUAAAAGAAGAGGGAAAGCGGUCAUCUUCAGCCAUGACAAGUUUGCCGAUAAAUCCGUGCCUUCUCGAGAUGGCUCUCAUGCAGAUAUUCACAGUCUUGAAAUAACUUACAAGGCUCUCGGCUUUGAAGUCACCACUUACGAUAAUCUGUUACACACAGAAAUCAGAAAUGUUAUUAACAGCUUGGCUGAGGAGGACCACUCGGACGCAGACUGCGUGAUGGUGACAGUGCUGACACAUGGGCAGGGGACCAACUAUCUCCAUGCAAAGGAUGUUCUCUACAAUGUGGAUAUGCUUUGGUCACCCUUCACAGCUGACAGUUGCGGCACCCUGGCUGGGAAACCAAAAAUAUUCAUAAUUCAGGCUUGUCGUGGUGAUAAGUUAGAUCCUGGCGUGAGAUUGAAACAGAGAAGCCGCACAGAGACCGAUUCGAUUUCAUCGUCAUACAAAAUUCCGACGCACGCUGAUUUCCUGAUUGCUUACAGCUCCGUGGAAGGUUAUUACUCUUGGAGGAAUCCUGAUGAAGGGACUUGGUUCAUCCAGUGUCUGUGUAAGGAACUGCAAGAGCAAGCAGCGACGCGAGACUUGCUGAAUAUAUUGACCCGAACAUCCCGUCGAGUAGCAGUUGACCACGAAUCGUACAAUGAUAAGGUUCCAUGGCAACAUCAGCAGAAACAAGUUCCAUCUUUUAAUUCAAUGUUGAUCCGUGACUUGUAUUUCAGGCCAAAGAUAUGAUAAACAGAGUAAUUCGCUAUUUAAGCCACAUUCCAUUGUCAGUUUAACGACAUGAUGUCUUGAGGUCCAUGGUAAGAGAAGAUCUGCGAGCCAUUAUAACACAUUUAUGAUGGACGUUCCUCAUUAUACUUGGCGAUUUAUAGUUUGUUUACUUUUUUUUUUCGUAUGGCAGUAAGUAGAAUCAAACGACAAGCUCUCCGAAUUUGAACAGGUAUUCAGCAGCCCAAUAGGAAGCAUUGAAAGCACUACAGAUUUUAUCCUGGUCAUUGAUCCUAAAAAUAUAAAUAAAAGAAAAUGAAGUAUCAAUACGAUGAUAUUCAUCUACCCAAAGACAGGAGUUUGUCCAACUCCUGAAACAUUUUGUAUAUGUAGUAUACUUCAGACAUGGACAAUUUCCAUGCUGUGAUAAAUACAUGUCACAAGUCUUUAGAGGAUCAUUGUUUGGCUAUUUAGAACAGAGUUGGUUGUUUUAAAAAUACCAACCUGUUUCUUGAACAUAAUCACGAGGCUUAAUAUUUUAAAUUAGCACAAAGUAAACCAGAAUGUUGUUUUUAUUCCCAUACCAUGUUUGUCUAGACUUCAUGUGUGUUUAAACUACUUAACGUUCCUUCAAGAUCUCAAGCAGAAGCACGAACCAGAGUAUUAAAGGAAGUAGCACUAGUUAAGAUUAGAAUAAAAUUUCUUCCCCUAAGAACAGUUGGAGAUGGCAUGAUGUUUCUGGAAGAAUUUGUUCAUUGAAUUAGUCUCGGUGGAUAGAAUGGAACCAACGGUUCAGAAGAACUGUGGUGGCGUGGCAAACAGCGUCACUUGCUAAACUGAAGUGCCAUACAUACAAAUAAUUUCUGAAUUGAGACCAGGAUGUUAGCAUCUUAAGUAACACGCAAUUGAACAAAGUUGUUAUUUUGCUCAUUUUUUUGUUUUUAGGGAAUGUGAAAUGAGCUGACAAUAGAUAUUUUUUAUCUUCCACAAUUUCUUACUGAUAAAUGUCAAGUGUUCAAUAUUUAUUGAUCAGUAUUUGGUUACAGAAACUCAGACAGGAAAUUUGAUUAAUUGUGAUUAUUUCAACAGAGAUGUUGUCUAUUGUGUGUUAUGUUAAUGCUUGUUUUAAUUAUAAGUGUUUCUGUUUAAUGUUCAUACAUCAAGCAUACACAAUUUUUUAGUCCCAGUUGUAUUUUUUGUUUAUUGUUUUUUGUUGUCAUUUUGAGGUGUGUAAUGCAUGCAUAAUUAUAGUAAUGUUUUGUAAAUGUAUUUUACAAAAUGUUGUAGUUAGAAACAUUUUCAUGCAAAAUAUUGAUAGGCAGUGAGUAUUUAUACUAUAUGAAUUAAAUUUCAUCUGAUUUUUGCCUUGCAUAAAUUUGGCUACUACAAGCUAA